CUAGAGUCACACACACCUGGAGACAGUAGUGUUUGGCUCCCCCUCUUUUUCCCCUCCUUUACGACUUCACUCAAAACCUAACUUAUUUCUCACUAUACACACACCUAUACACACAGAUAUUUAUUCAAAUUCAACUCAAUUUCAAACCUAGGGUUUCUAAUUCAUGCAAUUUCCCCCAAUUUCAACUCACUAAUUGCACCAAUGGACGUCGAUUCCGACCAGCCUUCUCCGAUCCAGGCCGCCGAUACGAAGCCGAGCUCGGAUCAAUCUCAACUCGAGCCCGACGCGAACUCGUCGGGAUCUGCGGCGCCGGCGCCGGUCGCCGGGCCGAGACAUGCGCCGACUUAUUCGGUCGUGAAUGCGAUUCUCGAGAAGAAAGAUGACGGACCGGGGCCGAGGUGUGGACACACGCUGACGGCGGUGCCGGCGGUGGGGGAGGAGGGAAGUGCGACGUAUAUUGGACCGAGAUUGAUUUUGUUUGGAGGUGCGACGGCGCUGGAGGGGAAUUCGGGCGGUGGUAGUGGGACUGGAACUCCUACUUCUGCUGGAAGUGCUGGAAUUAGAUUAGCAGGGGCUACAUCUGAUGUUCAUUGUUAUGAUGUUCUGACAAAUAAAUGGUCUAGAAUCACUCCAUUUGGAGAGCCACCAACGCCAAGGGCAGCUCAUGUGGCAACAGCUGUUGGUACUAUGGUAGUGAUCCAGGGUGGAAUCGGUCCAGCUGGGUUGUCUGCUGAGGAUCUUCAUGUUCUUGACCUGACACAGCCAAGACCACGAUGGCAUAGAGUGGUGGUUCAAGGCCCGGGGCCUGGGCCUCGUUAUGGGCAUGUGAUGGCUCUGGUCGGGCAAAGAUAUCUAAUGGCAAUUGGCGGAAAUGAUGCAAAACGACCUCUUGCUGAUGUAUGGGCGCUGGAUACAGCUGCCAAACCAUAUGAGUGGCGGAAACUAGAACCCGAAGGAGAAGGUCCACCUCCAUGCAUGUAUGCUACUGCAAGUGCACGCUCUGAUGGGCUGCUUCUGCUUUGUGGAGGGAGGGAUGCAAACAGUGUUCCACUGGCUAGUGCAUAUGGCCUUGCCAAGCAUAGAGAUGGUCGCUGGGAAUGGGCUAUUGCUCCUGGUGUUUCACCGUCUCCUAGAUAUCAACAUGCGGCUGUUUUUGUUAAUGCCCGUCUCCAUGUUUCCGGAGGGGCGCUUGGUGGUGGGCGCAUGGUAGAGGACUCUUCAAGUGUUGCAGUUCUGGAUACUGCAGCAGGAGUAUGGUGUGACACUAAGUCUGUUGUUACUAGUCCAAGGACAGGUAGAUACAGUGCUGAUGCUGCCGGUGGAGAUGCCGCAGUUGAAUUGACAAGGCGCUGUAGGCAUGCAGCUGCGGCUGUGGGUGAUUUGAUAUAUAUCUAUGGUGGUCUACGUGGAGGUGUAUUGCUUGAUGACCUACUAGUUGCUGAAGAUCUAGCCGCAGCUGAAACUACAAAUGCAGCCUCACAUGCAGCAGCAGCAGCUGCAUCAAAUGUACAGGCUGGAAGGUUGGGAGGAAGGUAUGGGUUUGUCGAUGAAAGAACACAACCAAAUUCUGAAGAAGCUUCUGAUGGUGCUGUGGUGCUUGGAAAUCCUGUUGCCCCUCCUGCUAAUGGGGAUAUGUAUAAUGAUAUUAGCGCUGAAAAUGCCGUGCUCCAAAGGAGACUGAGCAAGGGGGUUGAUUACUUGGUCGAGGCAUCGGCGGCAGAAGCAGAGGCUAUUAGUGCAACCUUAGCUGCUGCUAAAGCGCGGCAGGUCAAUGGGGAAGUUGAACUGCCAGACAGGGAUAGGGGAUCAGAGGCCACUCCUAGUGGAAAGCAGAUAUCUACCCUUAUCAAACCUGAGUCUGCAAUAAAUAAUUCUACUCCAGCUGGUGUUAGGCUGCAUCACAGAGCUGUAGUUGUAGCUGCAGAGACUGGUGGAGCUUUAGGUGGCAUGGUAAGACAGCUCUCAAUUGAUCAAUUUGAAAAUGAAGGCAGACGCGUAAGUUAUGGGACACCAGAAAAUGCAACAGCAGCAAGGAAACUUUUGGACCGGCAGAUGUCUAUAAACAGUGUACCUAAAAAGGUAAUUGCUCAUCUUUUAAAACCUCGUGGUUGGAAACCUCCUGUUCGCCGGCAAUUCUUUCUGGACUGCAAUGAAAUAGCUGAUCUAUGUGAUAGUGCCGAAAGAAUUUUUUCAAGUGAACCUAGUGUACUGCAACUUAAGGCUCCUAUCAAAAUAUUUGGUGAUCUGCAUGGGCAGUUUGGAGACCUUAUGCGGCUUUUUGAUGAAUAUGGGUCACCAUCUACUGCUGGAGAUAUAGCGUACAUCGAUUAUCUCUUCUUAGGAGAUUAUGUUGAUCGAGGCCAGCAUAGCUUGGAAACUAUUUCCCUUCUGCUUGCUUUAAAGGUCGAGUAUCCUCUAAAUGUACAUUUAAUUCGAGGAAAUCAUGAAGCUGCAGAUAUUAAUGCCCUUUUUGGCUUUCGAAUAGAAUGUAUUGAGCGCAUGGGCGAGAGAGAUGGGAUUUGGGCAUGGCAUAGGAUAAACCGAUUGUUCAACUGGCUUCCGUUGGCAGCUCUUAUUGAAAAGAAAAUAUUGUGUAUGCAUGGUGGCAUAGGAAGGUCGAUAAAUCAUGUCGAACAGGUUGAAAACCUUCAGCGUCCAAUCACGAUGGAAGCAGGUUCCAUUGUUCUCAUGGAUCUUCUAUGGUCAGAUCCCACUGAAAAUGAUAGCGUGGAAGGUUUAAGACCAAAUGCGAGAGGUCCUGGGCUGGUUACUUUUGGGCCGGAUCGUGUGAUGGAAUUUUGCAACAACAAUGAUCUUCAAUUGAUUGUGCGAGCUCAUGAAUGUGUUAUGGAUGGCUUUGAGCGUUUUGCUCAGGGACAUUUAAUUACCCUUUUUUCAGCCACCAAUUACUGUGGUACUGCAAAUAAUGCUGGUGCCAUUUUAGUCCUUGGUAGAGAUCUGGUGGUUGUACCUAAACUCAUUCAUCCAUUGCCGCCAGCACUUACAUCACCAGAAUCAUCACCUGAACGUCACAUAGAGGAUACUUGGAUGCAGGAACUCAAUGCUAACAGACCGCCAACACCUACAAGGGGUCGUCCUCAAGUUGCCAAUGAUAGAGGUUCGCUUGCUUGGAUUUAGAGGCCUGGUUUCCAGGUUGCUCCCUUAUACCAUCCUGUAUAAUGUUGCCAUCUCAGAAUAUCUGGUUUUCUGUAUAUAGCAUGAGGCCAUAUGGAGGGGUUUGCCGCAAAUUUUUCAAGCUUGUAAUCGGCUCCUGUUAGAGGUGUGAAGGUUUUCAGCAAAGGGUUCUGUCCAUUCUCGCAUCUAACAGACCUUCAAACCAUUGAAGACAUUAGUCAAGAACCCAUGAUGCUGUUCGCGGAUAGGGUUUUACAAGUCGACCUUUGUACAUUUGAGCUCGAGUCAGGUAGAAGUUGAAGUCUUGCUUGUUACUUUUUUUUUUUUUUUGGGGUGGGGGGGGGGGAGGAUUUAAGUCUGGGUAUUUUCUGUAGUCCUAUAUAUUGUGGUUUCCAUUGUUUUAGAUAGUGCUUCUCUUAUGAUUUUUUUCCUGAGAUAGGACAUGAGGGGUCCCCGUAUAAUUGGUGAGUUGUGAUAUUGAAAUCAGUCUUCUUGGGAGCUGUGUCAUAUAGGCGUCUUGGUGUCUGAGCAUGUAAUUUGUAAUUUAUAUUGUACAAUUAGUUUGAAGAUAAGAAUUUUACAUGUAUGAGCAUAUGAUAUGAAAGGUAUGGUGCCCUCUUUCUUUUCUUUGUA